GUCAGAAAAGAAAAGUAGCACAAGUAUUGAGACAAAAAUUCAAACUGUGCUAGCCACCUCGAUAUCACACCCUCCAUCCCCUACUAAUUUCAAACACAACCUCACUCACCACCACCUAGUACAAUCCCGGGAUCUCACCCACAACACUCCAACCAUUUCUUCUUCUUCUUCUUCUACCUCCAAUUUAACUUUUCUUCACUCACCAUUCAGCAACACCUCGUUGCUAACUCUACCAACACACAUUCCCAAAUUCAACUCAAAACAAAACCAUGCUUCUCCACAUUUUCACUCUUCUCUAUAUCUCUCUUCCAUUUAUUUCCACUCUCAACUCCGACGGUCUCUCACUUCUAGCUCUAAAAGCCGCCGUGGAAUCCGACCCCACCGGAGUCCUCCACUCGUGGUCCGACUCAGUCCCCACGCCGUGCAGCUGGACCGGAGUCUCCUGCUCCGGCGACCGAGUCACUCAACUCGCUCUCCCUUCCAAGAAUCUCACCGGUUACAUACCCUCUGAACUCGGCCACCUCACUUCGCUUCAACGACUCACUCUCUCUCACAACAACUUCACCAGAAACAUCCCUUCAACCCUCUUCAACGACACCACAAACCUCGUCGUUUUGGACCUCUCUCACAACUCCCUCACCGGAACUCUACCUCCGUCAAUCACCGCGCUCAAGAGGCUUACCCAUUUGGAUUUGUCUUCCAAUUUGUUAACUGGGUCUCUCCCUGAUUCGUUCUCCGAGCUCACCGGCCUCGCCGGGACGUUGAAUCUUUCGCAUAAUCGAUUCUCCGGCGGGGUUCCGCCGUCGCUUGGGAGUAUUCCGGUCGCCGUGAGUUUGGAUCUCCGGGAUAAUGAGCUCACCGGGAAGAUUCCUCAGGUGGGGUCGCUUCUCAAUCAGGGACCCACCGCUUUCUCCGGGAACAUCGGACUCUGCGGGUUUCCGUUGCGGGAUCCGUGCCCGGAAGCGGAAAAGGGGCCGGAGAUUUUCCCCGGCGAAGACCCGGAAAAUCCGAACCCGGGUCAGAAUUCGGGUCGAACCGGUUUGGUGAGAGAAGAGAAGGGGUACGGGUCGUUGGUUCUUGCGGCGGUUGUCACCGGCGUGGCGGUGAUGGGGGUGGUGGUUUUGCUCUCGGCGUGGAUGCUGCGGCGGCGGCGGAGGUUGAGUGUUGGAGAGAGGGAGGGGAAGGGGAAGGUGGAGGGCGGUGAGGUUGGUGGGGUAGGGGAGGGGCAGAAGGGGAAAUUCGUGGUGGUGGAUGAAGGGUUUGGGUUGGAGUUGGAGGAUUUGUUGAGGGCUUCGGCGUAUGUGGUGGGGAAGAGCAGGAGUGGGAUUGUGUACAAGGUAGUUGGCGUCGGGAAAGGGUCGAUUCCGGCGGCGACAGCGGUGGCUGUGCGGCGGCUGAGUGAGGGUGAUGAUGAUGCCACGGCGUUGAAGUUUAAGGAGUUUGAGUAUGAGGUGGAGGCUAUUGGGAGGUUGCGCCACCCCAAUGUUGUUCCUUUGAGAGCCUAUUACUAUGCCAGUGAUGAGAAACUCCUCAUUACUGAUUUCAUCCGCAAUGGAAGCUUGCAUUCUGCAUUGCAUGGUGGAGCUUCCAAUUCAUUACCACCAUUACCAUGGGCAGCAAGGUUAAAAAUUGCUCAAGGAGCUGCAAGGGGCUUGAUGUACAUACACGAAUUUAGCGGUAGGAAGUACGUCCAUGGCAACUUAAAAUCUUCAAAAAUCCUAAUAGAUGAUGAUUUCCAUCCUUACAUAUCUGGUUUUGGACUUACUCGUCUUGGUUUGGGUACCCUAAAGUCUACCACUACAUUCACACACAAGCGGCAAAACUCAAACCAGUCCAUUGCAACCUCUGCAAUAGGUUCAAAACUUGCAGCUUCCUCUAAAAGCUACUUGGCACCUGAGGCGCGCAUAGCUGGCACAAAGUUCUCUCAGAAAUGCGAUGUCUAUUCUUUUGGGAUAGUUCUGUUAGAGCUUUUGACCGGUCGAGUGCCGGAUCCUGGACCUGAAAAUGAUCAAAAGGAGCUAGAGAGUUUUGUGAGGAAAGCAUUCAGAGAGGAGCUGCCAUUGUCGGAGAUUAUAGACCCAGCUCUUCUGCCCGAGGUUAAUGCUAAGAAGCAAGUUAUUGCAUCGUUUCAUGUUGCCCUGAACUGCACAGAACUUGACCCAGAACUGCGACCAAGAAUGAGAACCGUGUCUGAGACCCUUGAUCACAUCAAAAUAUAGUGAAGGAGGACAGACAACCUUGUAAAUGUUUUGUUCAUGUGGCUAACCUUUUUCUUUUGGUGGUUUGAGCGGUGUUCAUUUUGUAAGAUUAUUCUUGAAGGCAUGGGAAACUACGUAGCUUGUUUUAUGCAUUGACUUAAGCAAAUGCAUUUCUUUUUCAAUGGAAACUACAUCCCAUAUCUUCACCUAUCUCCCCCCCUCCCCAUCUCCCCAUAUUGAAAAAAAUUGUUCAGUGCAUAUACCUGUGUUUACAUGGGGAUAUUUCAUCUCUUUUC